AUCAGUCUUUCGUCUGUGUCCAGUCGCAAUCAUUCAACGUAGAAAAUCGAGUCAACUCACGAACAAAAUCACCAUGCAAUUCCAAAUGACUUUCGCAGUUCUCGCCGCGGCCAUGUGCUUCGCCGCUGCCGCUCCCGCAACCGAAGAAGUCAAAUCGUCGGCUGCUUCGACGUCGGCCCAAUCUUCCGUUUCGGGCACCGAUCGUAGCAAACGGUUCGUGGCCAUCGCCGCACCGUACGCCGCUGCACCUUACGUGGCUGCCGCACCAUACGCCGCCGCACCUUACGUGGCCGCUUCACCGUACGCCGCUGCACCUUACGUGGCUGCCGCCGCCCCAUACGUGGCCGCUCCAUACGCCGCCGCCCCUUACGCACUUGCUUCCCCACACGCCGCCCCGUACGUCUCAUCGUACACCACUUACCCGUACGUAGCCAAGACCCUGGCUUCCCCGUACACUUACUACCCAUGAACGGACGCUUUCACUCGUGACUACUCUCAGCUAUAUUCGGAAAGAAGUACGACGUGAUGGAUUUUGCUGCCCCGUCGAGUUACUUUUAAAUUAAAUAACUUUAUAAAAAUAAAAUAUUGUUUAACCCUGAUUGGAAUGUAUUCAAAAAUAUGUCUUGUUGAAAUGUAAAUAAAAAUUUAAUUUUUUCCAAUGA